AUGAUGAGAAAGUUUUCUCAAAGUAUAUUUAAACAACCUUUAAUCAAGAGUACUUUAUCUACAAGACAAGUAAUUAUUCAUUUAAAUAACACAAAUAAAUUCAACUCUACCCUUCUAUUUAGAAGAUUCAAUAGUUCAGAUACAAUCGAAACUGGACAGGAAGUGAAAAAGGAUGAACCUGAGGGAGAAUUACCAAGUGAGAAAAUCGUCUCUAUUGUAAAUGAAAUUAGUCAAUUGACUUUACUGGAAACAAGUGAAUUGAUUAAACAUCUGCAAAAGACUUUGAAUCUACCUUCUAUGUCCGGUUCUGUAGGUAUGAUGAACCCAAUGAUGAUGAUGACUGCAGGUCAAAAUGGCUUUGUGGGAACUGCUGGUACAGAUAAUAAUAAUAAUAAUAAUAAUAAUAAUAAUAAUAGUGGUGGUGGUGCUGAUGCUAGUGCUGCUGAAGAAGCCGAACAAGCUACAUUUUCCGUUAAAUUGGCUUCCUUUGAUACAAAGAGUAAAGCUAAGAUUAUUAAAGAAAUCAAAUCUUUGCUUGGUUUAUCUUUAGUCGAAGCAAAGAAAUUUGUGGAAGCUGCCCCACGUGUAGUUAAAGAACAUUUAAGUAAAGAAGAAAGUGAAGCAUUAAAAUCUAAAUUAGAAUCGUUGGGUGCUCAAAUCGAAUUAGAAUAA